UCCAUGUCGCGCAUGGGCUCGGGCCGCCCCGUCACCGGCUCCAUGGAGAAGAUCCGGGUGAUGAGCCGGCCCAUCACCCAGCAGGGUCUCUCCGGCAUCAAGACGGCCGGCAGCGGCCGCUCGCGCAUGGUGCAGGACAAGAGCUACUUCAUGGGCCUGCUGCGCACCAAGACGUCCGAACUGCGCUCCGAGGUGGCCAAGCUGCGGCGCCAGGCGGACUCGCUGAACCAGGAGCAGGCCACCUACACCACCUACGACACGCGCGUCAAAGAGAUGGCCGGCGAGCUGCUCGAGCAUCAGGCAGAGCUGGCUGACUACAACGUGCUGGUGGAGCUGAUGAACAUGGACUCUGACCGCUCGGUAGUGGACGGGGAGUUUGAGGAGCUGAGGCACAGAAACGGAAAGGAAGCACUUCUUGUUGAGAAACUGUUCAUGAAUCGCAAGGAAAAAGAAAACGAGAUACACGACGUCGAGAACCAAAUCGAUCAGGAGCGGCGGCUGGCCGACACGCUGGUGGAUUCGAUGCCCGGCGAGGUGCGGGACCGCUACAUGCGGCUGCAAGAGCGGAACGUGCAGCUGCAGACGGCCAUCGAGCACGCCCAGCAGCAGGCGGACGCGCUCGGCGCCAGGAAGAACGAGCUGGACGCCGACCUGGCCGCCUCGCCGCUGAAGCAGGAAGCGGCCGUGCAGUACGACAAGCUCAGCUACUUGGAGACGAAGAGGAUGGAGCUGCUGGACGAGAAGAACUCGCGCGAGACUCCCGAACAGGAGCGGGAGCGCCUCCUGCAGCAGGUGAAGGCAGAUAACCAGGAGAUGGGAACUCUGGAACGCCGCAUUCACGAGCUUAAGUCCGAAAUUGGAAAAGCCUCAGAAGAGCUGCAGAUAACUGAGAACGACCUGGAGGACAGCAACUCGGACCGCAACCUAAAGUACCGCGAGCUGCGGAGGCGGGAGGAGGAGAUGCAGGAGUUCCUGCUGAAUUACGACGAGACGAAGGCGACCGAGACGCAGGGGGUGGCGCAGGCCGAGGUGGAGGUGUUGCGCACACUGGAGACCAUCAGCAAGAAUCUGGGCCACGUGCGCCACCUGCCCUCGUUCACGUCCAAGGACCUGGGGGAGCUGAGGGACAGUCUCAUGGUUAAAGAAGGAGAGACCGCCAAGUCCAGGAACACCUUGACCGACCUUGCCACUAAGCAUCAGCAGCUGCAGGCCAAUCACCAGAAGAUCGAGGCGCUGGACGAAAAAGUCAGAGAUGAGAUGAAGACCCUGCGAGAGAAGAUGACGAAGAUGCGCGAGGAGAUGGUGAUUCUGUCGGACCUUCCUGCACUCAAGCAGCAGAACGAGGAGAAGACGACGCGCCUGAGCGUCGAGCGGGUGGACUGCCAGAACCGACAGGAGGCCACGCGGGUGCAGCUGACGGAGGCCGACCUCGAGUACAACGCGCUGAAGGGGGAGCUGGAGUCGAUGGACCCGUACAUCCAGCUGGGCAUCCUGGAGCGUCGGCUGGCCUCGAUCGAGCAGAACAACUACUCGCUGCUGGAGUUCGUGGCCGCCAAGCGGGCCGAGGUGGACUACGGCGCCGUGCGCAGUCACGUCAUGCACACCAUCUACGAGUGCAACAAACGCCUGAUGGAGGAGGCCACCGCCGGCAGGGCCGCCUUCUAGCGCUCUGUAGGCGCCGUUCGCAGUCACGUAAUGCACACCAUCUACGAGUGCAACAAGCGGCUGAUGGAGGAGGCUACCGCCGGCAGGGCCGCCUUCUAGCGCUC